GCACACAUUAUGUAAAAAGCAGUGCGAGCGAACUUACUACAUACAUAUGUACAUAUACUCAUGCUUCUGGUAACCUAUUCAUAUAAGUUAUAGGAGUAUUUUAAAUAAAUAGUGUAUUAAAAAAAUAAUCUGCAAAACGCAGUAAUACGUAACGAAUUAUAUUAUAUGCGACUGUCGUUUAGUAUAAAAUAAUAUCAAUGACAUUUAAAUGACGGAAAUAUAAUUUUAGUUUUGGAUAAAAUGCAUCGAAAUUUAUUUCGUAUAUCGAGUAUUUCAAUUUUGCAAAAACGUUUCUUCAAGAAGGAUCAAGUAAGAGUUAGAUUUGCACCAAGUCCAACGGGUUUAUUGCACUUGGGAGGUCUACGAACUGCAUUGUAUAAUUAUUUAUUUGCACGGGCUAACAAUGGUACGUUUAUUUUACGAAUUGAAGAUACAGAUCAAAGUAGAUGCAUACAAGGAGCAAUGAAGAAGCUUUACAAUGAUAUGCUUUGGUCUGGAAUUAUUCCCGAUGAAGAUCCUAUAAGAGGCGGACCUGCCGGGCCAUAUAUUCAAUCAAAACGACUUGAUUUAUACAAAGAAGAAGUACUUAAACUUUUAAGUAAUCAAUCUGCAUAUUACUGUUUCUGCACAGAAAGCAGACUGCAAUUAUUGCGGAAAGAAGCUUUGAAGUGCAGGCAAGUGCCAAAAUAUGAUAACAGAUGUCGACAUUUAAGUAGUAAUGAAAUAAAAGAGAAACUUGAUAAAGGACAUCCAUACUGUAUUAGAUUUAAGUUAUCAUCUACACCAGAAUGUUUUGAUGAUAUGAUAUAUGGUGAAAUAAUCCAUGAUGUUGCAAAAAUUGAGGGUGAUCCAAUUAUUAUUAAAUCAGACGGUUAUCCAACUUAUCAUUUUGCAAAUGUUGUCGAUGACCAUUUUAUGGAAAUAACCCAUGUGUUACGAGGUAUUGAAUGGCAAAUAUCUACACCUAAACAUUUGAUGAUGUAUAAAGCAUUUAAUUGGACACCUCCCAAAUAUGGACAUUUACCUUUAAUAUUGAAUUCUAAUGGAACCAAAUUAUCAAAAAGACAAAACGAUAUACAUAUUGAAUUUCUUAGGUCGCAAGGAAUUUUUCCAUUGCCAGUUAUAAAUUAUGUUAUACAUGCUGGUGGUGGUUUUGAUAACAAAGGAGGCACCGAGUACAUUCACAGCUACGAGGAGUUAAUUAAGCAAUUUAAUAUUUCGAAUAUAAAAGUGGCCUCUAAUAAGCUUAUACCUGAAAAACUGUUACAAUUUAAUAAAUUAGAAAUUUCAAAGCUACUGGCAAAUGAAAAGAAUAAUAAAUUCUUGGUAGAAAGAAUUAAAGAGCUAAUCAUAAACGCAUUUCCAGAUAGGGAAGCGGAUAGAAGUUUACAAUUAGAUGAUCAUCAUAUAUGCUCAGUAUUGAAAUGGGGACAGAAUAGAAUAUAUAAAUUAACUGACCUGGUAUCUCCAGAGUUAUCCUUUUUAUGGACAGUACCACCAACUACGCCUGACAAUAUUCAAUUGGAAUGUUUAGAUAUGCUAAAAAUAUUAAACACGGAAUUAAUUGAAACUGACAUUCAUAAUUUUAAUAAGACAUGGAUCAAUAAUUAUCUUAAAGAGUUUGCUAAUGAGCAUAAAAUUCCCUUCGCAACAUUGAUGAAGGUUUUACGUGGUAUUCUUAGUGGUUUAAAG